AAAAAAAAUGAAUAAACAAAUAAAUAAAUAAUAAAAGCCUUGUUUUUUUAAUUCGCGGUGUCGUUAGUUAGUUGUAACCUGGUAUCCCGACACGUCGUCGUUUCCUAGUUCUAACUUCUAACUAACUUUCAACGCCGGAACUCAGUUGUCAAUGUCGGUCUCCGGUGGCGCCGUCGUCGCCGGCGGGAAUGUGAGGAGGAACCACCGUUACCUCGGCGAGAACCGUUUCUACUACUACCCGCCACCGUUGCGGAAAUACAGAGAAGAACAGGAUCAUGAGAAGGAGCAGAAAUCAACGUUGUCGGAGAACAGACCCGGUUCCUCUUCGGAUUGCUCUUUUUCUUCGAGUGGAACAACGUGUGAUGUCUCCAACUUGCGUCGGUUCUUGGAGCACACCACACCACAUGUUCCCGCCCAAUAUUUUCAGAGAAUUAAGAGAUGGAAAACGAUGGAGGGAGAGUUGCAUGCGUACUUUGUGCUUGGGGACUUAUGGGAAUCUUUCAAGGAAUGGAGUGCAUAUGGGGCCGGUGUUCCGUUGGUGUUGGAUGGAAGUGAAUGCGUCACACAGUAUUACAAUGUCUCCUUGUCUGCCAUUCAGCUUUAUGUUCAUCCAUCAAAACCCUCCCCACGGUUAAGGAGACCCAGUCAGAGAGACUCUGAAUCUGCUACAGAGACAAGCAGUGACAGCAGCAGUGGCUAUUGUCAUGAAAAAGGGGCAAAGAGUGUGCAUGGCACUUGGAACCAGGAUAACUCGUCAGAUGCAAGAUAUCAAUGUUCAAAAAGAGUUUCACUAAGUAAACCUUUAACAAGUUCAUCAAGUGAUGAGAAUGAGAGCUGCAACCCACCCAGUCAGCUUAUAUUCGAAUACUUUGAGCACGAAAAUCCUUAUAAUCGCGAGCCUUUAGCAGAUAAGAUUUCCGACCUUACACGUCAAUUUCCCGAGUUGAAGACAUACCGGAGCUGCGAUCUUUCCUCAGCAAGUUGGGUUUCUUUGGCUUGGUAUCCAAUAUACAGAAUACCCACUGGUCCAACACUAGAGAGCAUGAGUGCCUGCUUCCUGACUUUUCAUUCCCUAUCAACAGCAGCUUUGCAAAGUUUAAGUAAUGAUGGAUUCCAUCUUUGUUCAAGAGGUAUGAACUUGUCAUCCAAGCUAUCAUUACCAAUAUUUGGGCUUGCCUUUCACAAGUUGAAAGCUUCUGUCUGGGAUCCUGAUGAGGUUUCUGAAGGUCAGAAAGCCAAUUCUUUGUUGCGAGCCGCUGAUAACUGGAUUAGGCUAUUGCAAGUUAACCAUCCUGAUUACAAUUACUUCAUGUCGCAUUAUCCAUAUUGGAGAUGAACAGAGUUUUCUUUAAACUGAAGCAGCCUAUGCAGUUCUGUCAGGAAUCAGGAUCACUUGAGUUUAAAAAUAGAAUAGCAAGGUUACUACUAAAGUAGUAAAGAAUAGUCGUAUUGAAAUGUUUCAUAUUAGAAGUUUUGGUCUUCUGUGUUAAGAACCAACAGCUUCUGCUUCUUUUCUGUGACUUGCCUAAUACUAGUGAAGAAAACUAGAAAAGGUCCUAGUCCAAAUGUGUAUUUAAAAUACGCAUUUCACUAGGCAUUGUCUGGUUUUGUACAGACGAUUGGAUAUCAUCUUAAUCUUCAAUAUACUACAUACAGUUAUACA